AUGGCCAAAUUCGCAUUCAAAAAGGAUUCGAUGUCCACCAAGGUGCGUGCACGUUGCAGCGGAAACGCGACUGCUCUUUUUUCAAAAGUUUCUGAAAUGCUUCCUGUGCAGUUUUAUUUGGGGCCGUCCCCGAAGGCGUGGGGUAUGCCUGUCGACAUGCAAGCCAGCGAACCAGACGACGUACUUCAUAAUCCGGACCCAGUUCGGGACCUCAAGGUCGAUAGGGGUGGUCGAAUACUGACGGCGCGUGGAUUGGAAAAUCUGGGAUGCUUGUUUAUUCUAUGCGCUGGAAUGUUAACGUUGUUUCUACAAGGCAAAGAUUUGAACGCGCGAAUAGGAUAUCCCAUCAUCAUGCAUUUCAAAGGGACGAUACAAACCACCCAGGGCGGGUUCAACCUCGGUGGUACGAACGCGUCUGGUCAAGUACCCAUCAUGUCCGGCAACUACCAGCUCAUCGACCGCGACACCCCCAAGGACGCGUAUACCCGCAAAUCUUUUGAUUCAGGAGAGGAAUGGGCCCUCGUGUUCUCUGACGAAUUUAACACGGAUGGUAGAACGUUUUAUCCGGGAGACGAUCCGUGGUGGGAGGCUGUUGACUUGCAUUAUUGGGGAACGGUAAGCAUCUUGACGACUCAAAACGGCGCAUUGCGAAUUAAGAUAGACAGGGUUGACCCCAUCAACAAUCAUAAUCUUACCUAUCGGUCUGGAAUGCUCCAGUCAUGGAACAAGUUUUGCUUCACAGGUGGUCUAAUUGAAACUGCUGUUACUCUUCCUGGAUCAAACUCCGUUAGUGGGCUAUGGCCAGCUGUGUGGACGAUGGGGAAUCUGGGGCGUGCUGGAUACGGUGCGAGUUUAGACGGCAUGUGGCCAUACUCGUAUGACUCCUGCGACGUCGGAACCCUACCGAAUCAGACAUACCCCGGCACACGAACUCCAGCAGCUGCUGUACAGAACGGAGAUCCUACCCAGAAUGGUGUAUUGUCAUUUUUGCCUGGGCAACGUCUUUCUGCGUGUACUUGUCCUGGGGAAUCACAUCCGGGUCCUAUGAGAACGGAUGGAAGCUAUGUAGGGAGAUCGGCGCCCGAAAUUGAUAUACUUGAAGCGACGGUAGACGCUGAAGGAGGGAAGGUUUCGUUAUCAGCGCAAUGGGCACCUUAUAAUGCGGCCUACAAUUGGAAGAACACAAGUGAUAAUUUACAGAUUUAUGACCCCACAAAAACUGUUCUCAACUCAUACAAGGGCGGGGUCUAUCAACAAACGACUAGUGGCCUCGCACUCGCAAAUCAAGAUUGUUAUGAAUUGCAAACACAAUGCUUCUCUGUUUAUGGCUUCGAGUACAAGCCUGGCUUUGACCAUUCAUACAUAACCUGGAUCAAUGACGGGAAACCAGCGUGGACGCUUCGAGCAGCCGGGAUGAGCGCAGAUGCUCAAACAGAGAUUAAUGCUAGACCAGUUCCACAGGAACCCAUGUACAUCAUUGCGAACCUCGGUUUUUCUACCAACUUUGCUCACCUGGAUCUUGACCUGCUAGCGUUCCCGGCGACUAUGAGCAUUGACUAUGUUCGUGUGUACCAGCCAAAGGACUCAUUAAACAUCGGUUGCGAUCCACCAGACUUUCCGACUGCUCAGUACAUAAGCACGUACACUGAUGUAUAUGCCAACUGGAACCUAUCCACAUGGUCGAGUGCAGGCCAGCCAUGGCCUAAAAACCGCCAAAUGAAAGGAGGAUCCUGCUAA